UGGGGAGAUUUUAGAGAGGAGUUUUUUUUUUUUUUUUUUUAAACUCUUAAUACGUUUUUUUAAGCUAACGGAUUAUUAUUGUUGUUUUAAAUUUAGCUCUCGGGGCUUAGCUGUUUGGGUUCGCGCCGCGUCCCGGCUCCCGCGCGCGCAGACGUCGCCCUCCGUGCGCCCCGCCGCCGCCUCCGAGCCGGGCCGGGCCGGGCAGGGCCGGGCAGGGCAGGGCCGAGUGGGAGCGGACGCGGCGGCGCCUCCACCGCGGCGGAGAAGCGAAAGCAGCGGAUCGUGCCGGCCGCCGCCGCCGCCGCCCUCCGCCGCGCGCGGCCCAGCAUGUUCGCGGCCGGGCUGGCGCCCUUCUACGCCUCCAACUUCGGCCUCUGGUCGGCCGCCUACUGCGCUCCGGCCGGCCCCGGCGGCUGCGCCUUCCCUGCCGACCCCGCCGUCGCCAAGAAGCCGUCGUUCUGCAUCGCCGACAUCCUGCACGCGGGCGCGGCCGAGCCGGGCGCGGGUGCCGAGGCGCUGGCCGGGGCCUCGGCCGUCGCCCUCGCCGCGCACCUGGGCUCCGUGCACCCGCACGCUCCCUUCCCGGCGGCCGCCAGGUCCCCGCUGCGGCCCACCCCGGUGGUGGCGCCCCCCGAGGGCCCCGCCGGCUUCCCGCAGCGCCUGUCCCCGCUCUCCGCCGCCUUCCACGCCCGGGCUGCGCCGCCACCGCCGCCCGCCGCCCGUCCGGGUGUCCUGCAGCCCCCCGGGUCGGGGUCCCGCGCGGGCGCGCACCUCGGCGCCUCCACCCCGGCGCCCUCCAGUAAGGACCUCAAGUUUGGCAUCGACCGAAUUUUGUCGGCGGAAUUUGACCCCAAAGUGAAGGAAGGCAACACGCUGAGAGACCUCACAUCUCUGCUAGCUGGAGGGCGGCCGGCUGGCGUACACCUUGCAGGGCUGCAGCCCUCGGCCGGCCAGUUCUUUGCGUCCCUGGAACCCAUGAACGAGGCCUCCACCAUCCUCAGCCCCUUAAGCUCCAACCCGAGAAAUUCAGUUCAGCAUCAAUUCCAGGAUACCUUUCCAGGUCCCUAUGCCGUGCUCACCAAGGACACCAUGCCGCAGACGUACAAGAGGAAGCGCUCGUGGUCGCGUGCGGUCUUUUCCAACCUGCAGCGGAAAGGCCUGGAGAAACGGUUUGAGAUCCAGAAGUACGUGACCAAGCCGGACCGAAAGCAGCUGGCUGCGAUGCUGGGCCUCACAGAUGCACAGGUGAAAGUGUGGUUCCAGAACCGGCGGAUGAAGUGGCGGCACUCCAAGGAGGCCCAGGCGCAGAAGGACAAGGACAAAGAGGCCGGGGAGAAGGCUUCCGGAGGAGCCCAGGGAGAAGGUGACCAGGAGGAGAGGAGCCUCAGCCGCUCGGAGGGGGAGCCGGAGAGUGAGACCAGUGACUCAGAGUCCCUGGACAUGGCCCCCAGCGACACGGAGCGGACUGAGGGGACUGAGCUGCCUCUGCACUCAACCACGGUCAUCAAGGCAUCCACUGCUGCUGCCCUGGUCACGGCUGCUGGUGGUGGCGGCAGCAGCAGUGGAGGUGGGGGUGGGGGUGGCUGCACUUUUGGCUUCAGCAGCGCAGGCGGCCUCGGGGGCACUGGCACCAGCACCAGUGUGGGUGGCAGCACCUCAGAGCUGCUUUCCGAGUCCCAGACCACCGGAGGCAGCAGCGCCCCCAAAAGCCCCGCACCCAGCCAGGCCCCACCGGCCAGCGGCUUAUAGACUGCAGAGCACAGAGGGACCCGCGGCCCUGAGGGCAGCUUCCCGACAGGGGCUGGAUUCUGUGUGGGCCACAAGCUGGUGGGAUGCACCGUGGAUGCAAAAGCAGCACUGUCCCUCCCCACUGUCACCUGCAGCUGCUCCUGCGCUGGACACCAGCAGCCCAUCCUGGGAAGUGUUGGACUAAAUUGCUCUUCCUUGCAACUGCAGCUGGGGUCAUAGCAUAAAGCUGCCAGCUGCAGGUAGCAAGCCUGAAACUUGUAAAUAAAAUGUUUACUACGGUUUGUAAAA